AUGUGUGGGAUCUAUCUAUCUAUCUAUCUAUCUAUCUAUCUAUCUAUCUAUCUAUCUAUCUAUCUAUCUAGUCCUAGUCUAUCUAUCUAUCUAUCUAUCUAUCUAUCUAUCUAUCUAUCUAUCUAUCUAUCUAUCUCAGUGUCUUCAAAUCUCAUUCUAUCUAUCUAUCUAUCUAUCUAUCUAUCUAUCUAUCUAUCUAUCUAUCUAGCUCAGUGUCUUCAAAUCUCAUUCUAUCUAUCUAUCUAUCUAUCUAUCUAUCUAUCUAUCUAUCUAUCUAUCUAUCUAUAUAUACAUCAGCACCAAAUAAGAAUUGAAUUAGAUAAAUUUUUUCCUCCUCCCUUCUCUUCUCUCAUCUCCUCCCUCCCUUGCCUACUCUGUUUCUUUCUCUCUCUCUCUCUCUCUCUCUCUCUCGUCUUCCUUAGCCGACAACGAGGAGAAGGAAAAGUCAAAGUCUUGUGCAAUGGAAGCGAUGAUGAGACGGUCAAAAAACUCCGCUAUAAAGACUACAUCAAAAGGGACCUGAAAGCGAUGGAAAUCGAUUCAGUUCGUAUCUCUCUAUCUAUCUAUCUAUCUAUCUAUCUAUCUAUUCUGGAAAAUUAA